GCAGCACAGCUCAACUGUUGGUUCUGUUCAUUUAAAUGGGCCUUGGCACCUUAGUCCAUAUGUCCUUUGACGGCACUGGUUUUCCUCUACCGUAUUCGUCUAGCAAGCCCGGGAGUGUGUGGAUGAGUGGGUACGUGGUGGCGAUACCUGUCUCACUGGAUGGAGUGUGUCUCUCCAGAAGUUCACGGAUUCAGCAACGCUAGGGUUGAAGUUAAGAGUCUCACCACCCACCUCCUCCCGCAGAGGCCGGGCCCAGAUUGGCACUCCAGCACCUAGUGAGUUAAGGCGCGUCGGGAACCGACGCGGGUUCGGGUAGGCUGGAGGGGUGUCGCAGGACUGUAGUAGAUCCCUCCGCGGCAGCGAGGGCCGGCGCUUCUUCCUGCGGGAAACCCCUGGGUGCCGAAGGCGGCGGGGCCUGGCCGCGGCGACAGGAGGGCGGGGUUAGCGGCGGGAGGAGGCGGCCGAGGCGGAAGGACACACGAGGCUGCUUAGCCGCACGCUUAAGAAAGUUUCAGCAAACUUCGGGCGGCGGCUGAGGCGGCGGCUCAGGAGCGGCGGACUUAGGGUGUGGGGAGUGGAGGCAUUUGAGCCUGAAUUUUGGGGCGCUGCGUGAGGCCGUGAGCCUCAGAAGCGGGAGGUGCGGUGGUGAAAGUGGGGGCUCCUUGGUCGGGACCCCUCCCCAUGUGGAUCUGCCUGGGCCGCGGCGGAGGAGGCGACCGAGAAGAUGCCCGCUCUGAGCCCCGCUCCGCUGUGGGUGCUGCUGGCGCUCUGGCUGUGCUGCGCGGUCCCCGCUCGUGCUUUGCAGUGUCGGGAUGGCUAUGAGCCCUGUGUAAAUGAAGGAAUAUGUGUUACCUACCACAAUGGUACAGGAUACUGCAAAUGUCCAGAGGGCUUCUUGGGAGAAUAUUGUCAGCAUCGAGACCCCUGUGAAAAGGAUCGCUGCCAGAAUGGUGGGACAUGUGUGGGCCAGGCCCUGUUGGGGAAAGCCACAUGCCGGUGUGCCCUGGGGUUCACAGGCGAGGACUGCCAGUACUCUACCGCUCACUCCUGCUUUGUGUCUCACCCCUGCCUGAAUGGAGGCACCUGCCAUGUGCUUAGCCGGAACGCCUAUGAGUGCACCUGCCAAGUUGGUUUUACAGGUGAGCUGUGCCAAUGGACGGAUGCCUGUCUGUCUCAUCCCUGUGCAAAUGGAAGCACCUGUACUACUGUGGCCAACCAGUUCUCCUGCAGAUGCCUCUCAGGCUUCACAGGGCAGAAGUGUGAGACUGAUGUCAAUGAAUGUGAUAUUCCAGGACAAUGCCAGCAUGGUGGCACUUGCCUCAACCUACCAGGUUCCUAUCAGUGCCAGUGCCCCCAGGGCUUCACAGGCCAGCACUGUGACAGCCCCUAUGUGCCCUGUGCACCCUCACCCUGUGUCAACGGGGGCACCUGCCGGCAGACUGGUGACUUCACUUUUGAAUGCAACUGCCUUCCAGGUUUUGAAGGGAGCACCUGUGAGCAGAAUAUUGAUGACUGCCCUAACCACAAGUGUCAGAAUGGAGGAGUCUGUGUGGAUGGGGUCAAUACUUACAACUGCCGUUGCCCCCCUCAGUGGACAGGGCAGUUCUGCACAGAGGAUGUGGACGAGUGCCUGCUGCAGCCCAAUGCCUGUCAGAAUGGGGGCACCUGCACCAACCGUAAUGGGGGCUAUGGCUGCGUCUGUGUUAACGGCUGGAGUGGAGACGACUGCAGCGAGAACAUAGAUGACUGCGCCUUUGCCUCCUGCACUCUGGGCUCCACCUGCAUUGACCGUGUGGCCUCCUUCUCUUGCAUGUGCCCAGAAGGAAAGGCAGGUCUCUUAUGUCACCUGGAUGACGCAUGCAUCAGCAAUCCAUGCCACAAGGGGGCACUGUGUGACACCAACCCUCUGAACGGGCAGUACAUUUGCACCUGCCCGCAAGGCUACAAAGGGGCUGACUGCACAGAAGAUGUGGAUGAGUGCGCCAUGGCCAAUAGCAACCCUUGUGAGCAUGCAGGAAAAUGUGUGAACACAGACGGCGCCUUCCACUGCGAGUGUCUGAGGGGCUAUGCGGGGCCUCGCUGUGAGAUGGACAUCAACGAGUGCCAUUCAGACCCAUGCCAGAAUGAUGCCACCUGUCUGGAUAAGAUCGGAGGCUUCACGUGUCUGUGCAUGCCAGGUUUCAAAGGUGUGCAUUGUGAAUUGGAGAUAAAUGAAUGUCAGAGCAACCCAUGUGUGAACAAUGGGCAGUGCGUGGAUAAAGUCAAUCGCUUCCAGUGUCUGUGUCCGCCUGGUUUUACUGGGCCAGUUUGCCAGAUUGAUAUUGAUGACUGUUCCAGUACUCCAUGUCUCAAUGGGGCGAAGUGUAUUGAUCACCCAAAUGGCUAUGAAUGCCAGUGUGCCACAGGAUUCACUGGUGUGUUAUGUGAGGAGAACAUCGACAAUUGUGACCCGGAUCCUUGCCACCAUGGCCAGUGUCAGGAUGGGAUUGAUUCCUACACCUGCAUCUGCAAUCCUGGGUACAUGGGUGCCAUCUGCAGUGACCAGAUAGAUGAAUGUUACAGCAGCCCUUGCUUGAAUGACGGUCGCUGCAUUGACCUGGUAAAUGGCUACCAGUGCAACUGCCAGCCAGGCACGUCAGGUGUUAAUUGCGAAAUCAAUUUUGAUGACUGUGCAAGUAACCCUUGUACCCAUGGAGCCUGCAUGGAUGGCAUUAAUCGUUACAGUUGUGUCUGCUCACCAGGAUUCACAGGGCAGAGAUGUAACAUUGACAUUGAUGAGUGUGCCUCCAAUCCCUGUCGCAAGGGUGCAACAUGCAUCAAUGAUGUGAAUGGUUUCCGAUGUAUAUGCCCUGAGGGGCCCCAUCACCCCAGCUGCUACUCACAGGUGAAUGAGUGCCUGAGCAAUCCCUGCGUCCAUGGAAACUGUUCUGGGGGUCUUAAUGGAUACAAGUGCCUCUGUGAUGCAGGCUGGGUUGGCAUCAACUGUGAAGUGGACAAAAAUGAAUGUCUUUCUAACCCAUGCCAGAAUGGAGGGACCUGUGACAAUCUGGUGGAUGGGUACAGGUGUUCUUGCAAGAAGGGCUUUAAAGGCUACAACUGUCAGGUGAAUAUUGAUGAAUGUGCUUCAAAUCCGUGUCUGAACCAAGGAACCUGCUUUGAUGAUAUAAGUGGCUACACCUGCCACUGUGUGCUGCCGCACACAGGCAAGAACUGUCAGACUGUAUUGGCUCCUUGUUCCCCAAACCCUUGUGAGAAUGCUGCUGUUUGCAAAGAGGCACCAAAUUUUGAGAGUUACACCUGCCUGUGUGCUCCUGGCUGGCAAGGUCAACGGUGUACAAUUGACAUUGACGAGUGUGUCUCCAAGCCCUGCAUGAACCAUGGUCUCUGCCAUAACACCCAGGGCAGCUACAUGUGUGAGUGCCCUCCAGGCUUCAGUGGGAUGGACUGUGAGGAGGACAUUGAUGACUGCCUUGCCAAUCCCUGCCAGAAUGGAGCUUCCUGUGUAGAUGGAGUGAACACUUUCUCCUGCCUGUGCCUUCCGGGCUUCACUGGGGAUAAGUGUCAGACAGACAUGAAUGAGUGUCUGAGUGAACCCUGCAAGAAUGGAGGGACCUGCUCCGACUACGUCAACAGUUACACUUGCAAGUGCCAGGUGGGGUUUGAUGGAGUCCACUGUGAGAACAACAUCGACGAGUGCACUGAGAGCUCCUGUUUCAAUGGUGGCACAUGUGUCGAUGGGGUUAACUCCUUCUCCUGCUUGUGCCCCGUGGGUUUCACUGGUCCCUUUUGCGUCCAUGAGAUCAAUGAAUGCAACUCUCAUCCAUGCCUGAAUGAGGGAAUAUGUGUUGAUGGCCUGGGUAUCUACCGUUGCACCUGCCCCUUGGGCUACACUGGAAAAAACUGUCAGACCCUGGUGAACCUCUGUAGUCGGUCUCCAUGUAAAAACAAAGGUACUUGCAUUCAGGAAAAAGCAGAGUCCCGGUGCCUCUGUCCGUCUGGAUGGGCAGGUGCUUACUGUGACGUGCCCGAUGUCUCCUGUGAGGUGGCAGCCUCCCGCAGAGGGGUGUCCACGGACCGCCUGUGCCAGCACUCAGGCAUCUGUAUCAACGCGGGCAACUCACAUCACUGCCAGUGCCCCCUGGGCUACACCGGGAGCUACUGUGAGGAGCAGCUUGAUGAGUGCUUGUCCAACCCCUGCCGGCACGGAGCCACCUGCAGGGGUUCCACUGGUGGAUACAGGUGUGAGUGUGUCCCAGGAUAUCAGGGCGUCAACUGCGAGUACGAAGUGGAUGAGUGCCAGAAUCAGCCGUGCCAGAAUGGAGGCACCUGUAUCGACCUUGUGAACCAUUUCAAGUGCUCCUGCCCACCAGGCACUCGGGGCCUGCUUUGUGAAGAGAACAUUGAUGACUGUGCCGGGGGCCCCCACUGCCUUAAUGGUGGUCAGUGUGUGGAUAGGAUCGGGAGCUACAGCUGUCGCUGCUUGCCUGGCUUUGCUGGAGAGCGGUGUGAGGGGGACAUCAAUGAGUGCCUCUCCAACCCCUGCAGCUCUGAGGGCAGCCUGGACUGCAUACAGCUCACCAACGACUACCUUUGUGUCUGCCGCAGUGCCUUCACUGGUCGUCACUGUGAAACUUUCGUCGAUGUGUGUCCCCAGAUGCCUUGCCUGAAUGGAGGGACUUGUGCUGUGGCCAGCAGCAUGCCUGAUGGUUUCAUUUGUCGUUGUCCCCCGGGAUUCUCGGGGGCAAAGUGCCAGAGCAGCUGUGGACAAGUGAAGUGUAGGAGAGGGGAGCAGUGUGUGCACACAGUCUCAGGACCUCGCUGCUUCUGCCCCAACCCUCAGGACUGCGCAUCAGGCUGUGCCAGCAGCCCCUGCCAGCAUGGGGGUAGCUGCUACCCUCAGCGCCAGCCUCCUUAUUACUCUUGCCAGUGUUCUCCACCAUUCUGGGGCAGCCACUGUGAACUUUACUCAGCCCCCACUAGCACCCCUCCUGCUACCUGUCUGAGCCAGUAUUGCUCUGACAAAGCUCGAGAUGGCGUCUGCGAUGAGGCCUGCAACAGCCAUGCCUGCCAAUGGGAUGGAGGUGACUGUUCCCUCACCAUGGAGAACCCCUGGGCCAACUGUUCCUCCCCACUUGCCUGCUGGGAUUACAUCAACAACCAAUGUGAUGAGCUAUGCAACACAGCUGAGUGCCUGUUUGACAACUUCGAAUGCCAGGGGAACAGCAAGACGUGCAAGUAUGACAAGUACUGCGCAGACCAUUACAACGACAACCACUGUGACCAGGGGUGCAACAGCGAGGAGUGUGGCUGGGAUGGGCUGGACUGUGCAGCUGACCAGCCAGAGAACCUGGCAGAGGGCACCCUGGUUAUCGUGGUGCUCAUGCCACCCGAACAGCUGCUCCAGGACGCCCGCAGCUUCUUGCGGGCACUGGGCACCCUGCUGCACACCAACCUACGCAUUAAGCGGGACUCCCAGGGCCGCCUCAUGGUCUACCCCUACUAUGGCGAGAGGUCUGCUGCCAUGAAGGAGCAGAGGAUGGCACGCAGGUCCCUCCCUGGCGAUCAAGAACAGGAGGUGGCUGGUACUAAGGUAUUUCUGGAAAUCGACAACCGCCAGUGUGUUCAAGAUUCAGACCAGUGCUUCAAAAACACGGAUGCAGCCGCAGCUCUUCUGGCCUCCCAUGCCAUCCAGGGGACACUGUCAUACCCUCUGGUGUCUGUUGUCAGCGAAUCCCUGACCCCCAAACGCACUCAGCUUCUCUACCUUCUUGCUGUUGCUGUUGUCAUUAUACUGUUUAUUAUCCUGCUGGGGGUCAUCAUGGCGAAACGAAAGCGUAAGCAUGGCUCUCUCUGGCUGCCGGAAGGUUUUACUCUUCGCCGAGACUCCAGCAAUCACAAGCGACGUGAGCCGGUGGGACAGGAUGCCGUGGGGCUAAAAAAUCUCUCAGUGCAAGUCUCAGAGGCUAACCUAAUUGGUUCUGGAACAAAUGAACAUUGGGUUGAUGAUGAAGGGCCCCAGGCAAAGAAAGCCAAGGCUGAAGAUGAGGCUUUACUCUCGGAAGAGGAUGACCCCGUCGAUCGACGUCCAUGGACACAGCAGCACCUGGAAGCUGCGGAUAUCCGUAGGACACCAUCACUGGCUCUCACUCCUCCGCAGGCAGAGCAGGAGGUGGAUGUGCUGGACGUGAACGUCCGUGGCCCAGAUGGGUGCACUCCACUGAUGCUGGCUUCUCUCCGAGGAGGCAGCUCAGAUAUGAGUGAUGAAGAAGAAGAUACAGAGGACUCUUCUGCCAACAUCAUCACAGACUUGGUCUACCAGGGAGCCAGUCUCCAGGCCCAGACAGACCGGACUGGUGAGAUGGCCCUGCACCUUGCAGCCCGCUACUCGAGGGCUGAUGCUGCCAAGCGUCUCCUGGAUGCAGGUGCUGAUGCCAAUGCCCAGGACAACAUGGGCCGCUGCCCUCUCCAUGCUGCAGUGGCAGCUGACGCCCAGGGUGUCUUUCAGAUUCUGAUCCGCAACCGAGUAACUGAUCUAGAUGCCAGAAUGAAUGACGGCACUACGCCCCUGAUCCUGGCUGCCCGCCUGGCUGUAGAAGGGAUGGUGGCAGAACUGAUCAACUGCCAAGCAGAUGUGAAUGCAGUGGAUGACCAUGGAAAAUCUGCUCUUCAUUGGGCAGCUGCUGUCAAUAAUGUGGAGGCAACCCUUUUGCUGUUGAAAAAUGGGGCCAACCGAGACAUGCAGGACAACAAGGAAGAGACACCUCUGUUUCUUGCUGCCCGGGAGGGGAGCUAUGAAGCAGCCAAGAUCCUGUUGGAGCAUUUUGCCAAUCGAGACAUCACAGACCACAUGGAUCGACUCCCCAGGGACGUGGCUCGGGACCGCAUGCACCAUGACAUUGUGCGCCUCCUGGACGAGUACAAUGUGGCACCGAGCCCUCCAGGCACCGUGCUGACUUCUGCCCUCUCACCUGUCAUCUGCGGGCCCAACAGACCUUUCCUCAGUCUGAAGCACACCCCAAUGGGCAAGAAGCCUAGACGGCCCAAUGCCAAAAGUGCUAUGCCCACUAGCCUCCCUAACCUUGCCAAGGAGGCCAAGGAGGCCAAGGGUAGUAGGAGGAAGAAGUCUCUGAGUGACAAGGGCCAGCUGUCUGAGAGCUCAGUGACUCUGUCCCCCGUUGACUCCCUGGAGUCUCCUCACACAUACGUUUCUGACACCACAUCCUCUCCACUGAUCACAUCACCUGGAAUCUUACAGGCCUCCCCCAACCCUAUGCUGGCCACUGCUGCCCCCGCUGCCCCGGUCCAUGCACAGCAUGCCCUCUCCUUCUCCAGCCUUCAUGAGAUGCAGCCUUUGGCUCCUGGGGCCAGCACCAUGCUGCCCUCUGUGAGCCAGCUGCUGUCCCACCGCCACAUUGUCCCCCCAGGCAGCGGCAGCGCCGGGAGCUUGGGGCGGCUCCAUCCCGUCCCUGUCCCAGCGGAUUGGAUGAGCCACAUGGAGAUGAAUGAGACCCAGUACAAUGAGAUGUUUGGUGUGGUCCUGGCUCCAGCCGAGGGCACCCACCCUGGUGCAGCUUCCCAGAGCAGGCCACCCGAAGGGAAGCAUCUGGCCGCCCCUCGGGAGCCCUUGCCCCCCAUCGUGACCUUCCAGCUGAUCCCCAAGGGCAGCAUUGCCCAACCAGCUGGGGCUCCCCAGCCUCAGUCCAACUGCCCUCCCACUGUUGCAGGCCCUCUGCCCACCAUGUACCAGAUUCCAGAAAUGGCUCGUGUGCCCAGUAUGGCUUUCCCCACCGCCAUGAUGCCCCAGCAGGACGGGCAGGUCGCUCAGACCAUUCUCCCAGCCUAUCACCCUUUCCCAGCCUCUGUGGGCAAGUAUCCCACGCCCCCUUCCCAGCACAGUUAUGCUUCCUCAAAUGCUGCCGAGCGAACGCCCGGUCACAGUGGCCACCUGCAGGGCGAGCAUCCCUACCUGACUCCGUCCCCAGAAUCUCCUGACCAGUGGUCGAGCUCGUCGCCCCACUCCGCUUCUGACUGGUCAGAUGUGACCACCAGCCCUACCCCUGGGGCAGCUGGAGGAGGCCAGCGGGGACCCGGAGCACACAUGUCUGAGCCACCGCGCAGCAACAUGCAGGUUUACGCAUGAGGGAGUCUGCCGCCCGUGUGGGGUCAGAGCUGCCUGCUGUACUUGCUGCUGAGGAGCAAAUGAAGGUCAUCCGGGAGAGAAAUGAAGAAAUCUCUGCAACCAGCUCUGGAGGCAGGAGGCAAGGGGUUGUCUAACCUUUUAGGUGAUGCAAAGGAAGCAAUUUUUUCAGCUUCCCUGGGUAUUUGCAAGGGUUUUUUCGAAGAGGGACAUGGCUCCUUCUAAUCUCUUGCCCAUCAAGCCAAGUUCAUUGAAAUGCAAGACAAAUACAAGACUCGGAACCACGUUUACUCUCCUCUGUGUGGAGGCGAGGACGGAUGCCUGGUAUAGCCACGGUGGUCUUGGAGCUCAGGCUGCGCUUUAAGCCCUGAGGGCUUCUGCCUCACCCAUGAGAAGAUUCUGCAGUGGAGUCCUUUUGGGAGUUGUGCCCUGGAAUUCUGCCUGAGUUGACUCACCUGUCUCAUCUUCUCAUCCUUGGAAAUACUUUUGACUUCAUUUGGUGCUUUAAUUUUUGCACCUCCCUGUGUGGUCAUGGACCCACCACGUCACAGGGCAGGACUUCUGUGCCGUCAAUCAUUCCUGCUGUGGAAAGCAACUCCAGCUGCCUUUUGCCCUCCUGUCUCCCCAGGGUCCCUAGGAGUCUCACAGUUUUCUUAGGUUAUGGUUCUCAGCACAAAUCUUUCAAGUGUAUUUCUUUAGAAAAUAGACACAUUGCAUUCUCCUACAUGACAGUCAUUCCCAGAAGAGGAAGGGGAGCAAAAUAUUUUUCUAGAACCCACUUUGGGGAACAAGAGACUCCUUCAAGAGGCUGCACCUUAAUUCUCUUGCCUGCACACAGGCUUCAUAUAAACCUUAUCAGGAAGAAGGAUAAGUAUCAAAGCGGUGGUUAUUCCAUUUGUGGGCUUACUCAGUGUGAGGUUUAUCUGGCAGCAUAGGCACCAUGCCCUCCCUUAAAAAGAAAGAAAACUGAACAGACGAAGAUUCAGGAUGCUGGGGGAAUGGCCGAGAGAUGAGCCAGUGUAAGAAGCGGCUGCGCCCUGGUGAGCCCCUCCCCUUCCUGCCGGUGUGAGACACGUGCGAUCCUGGGACUCAGAGCCCUCAGCCUGCCGCUCUCACCCCCAGCAGAGGAAGCCAGUCUUAGCUGUUAAACCCUUCCUUCCACAUAUCGCCACAGGAGAAAACGUCUCAAAGGAUAUUCCCUCAGUUUAGAACUGAACUUUCAUCAGCUCGAGGGACCUCGUGACAUUUGUCUUUCUUGGGUCCGGAGGUCAGUCUCUACCUCUGAUUCUCUUUCUGAUCGCAAGCCAGUGCACCAGUCUUCCCUCCAUCCUGCAUGGUCUGAGUUACUGGUGCACCCAGUAGGUCCUCACUGAACACAUGGACUGUCUGUGUUCAAAUGCGGGAAGUAGAAAGUGGGCCUAGUUUUCUAGGGUCCAGUACAGCCCUCUUAGAAGGUUAGAAAGGGAGGAAUUAUGAGUCAGCCGUUGCUAUUUUUUGCCACCAUUUUCUCCUUUGAAGCAGUUGUGACAUUCCCUUUUAGGCAAUUAAUGUAGAAACUGAGUGGGGAUGUUUUCUUUUCCUGGAGUCACUUUCUAGGUGAUAAUGGACAAUCACAGACUCACUGUCUUUGUCAUCCUCAUGUUCAGAUUGUGCUUGUGUCUUACCUGAGUUUGCUAUCUUGAUUUGUGGUCUUGUCAAGGGCAGAAGCUUUCUAGUCAACACUAGAAAUAGGAAAAAGAUACGUGUCUUCCUCUUCUCCCAGAGUCAGCAUACAAUUGGUCCUGUGGCCACGCUGUCACUUCUGCCCAGUGCUGGGGUGUCAGAGGCACCUGGAACGUGUUUGCUCUGCCAGUGCAUUGUUCAGAUGUUAAUAGGCCCACCGCCUACCCUGCUCGGGUCGGAUUAAUAGUCCUCACUCCUGCCAUGGCUGGGGGCGCGUGUCCUGGCUUCACACCUCCCUGAUUUGUAUCUGCAGUCCCAUUAGGAAAACUUGUGUGUCUGUUAGUGAGGCGGUCUGCAAAUGGCUUUUCAGUCCUGCCCACGUUCAUUGAGCCAACAAAAGCAAUCAGUUGUGCCCUGAUAUAAGCGGAUUGUUCAUUCUAUGUUCCCUCACAUGGCAACUCUGUCAGCCUUCUUCAUAGCGUGUAGCAUUUUAUCUUUCUAAAUGGAGACUCUUAACCCCUGGCCCCACCUGUUAAUUCACACAUGGGGAGAACCUAUCCACAGUGCCCAGUGUGGCCCCCGCAACAUCUGCCCCUCACUGUCAUUCUGUCCCAGCCCCACUUCCCCAAAGAUUGGGAUCCAGCAGCCUGGGAUUACGGCCUCCUGCUGCCCCAAGCACAGUGCGAGCCUGACCUGCUUGUCUCUCCUUGGGGUCCUUUGGGUUCAGGGAAGGGAAUGUGAAAGCUGCCAUUACAGACAACAGGCUUCAAUGAGAAGGAGGAAGACACUCCCUUGCGAGCAUUUAUCAGUCUCUUAGAUUUUAAGAACCCUUGAGUUGUAUAGUAUCUAAAAAAAAGAGGGUGAAACAGAGAAUCACUUUCUCAUCUGGGUUCUGAACUGGAGACUGUGCUCCUAUGGGACGCAUCUUUCAUGUCAUGUAUAGGCCCUCACCCCCAUUUUUGGUUUACUUCACUUUUAUAAAUUUUUCCUUUGACUCCUGUCCACCUUUGGGAUUCAUUUUUAAAAUUUGUUUCUUCUGUGUUGUGUUAAGCAUCGUUUUCUGACUUAUGUGACAGUGAGGCAGGGAGAGAUGUGAAGGAGAGACUGAGAACUAAAGAUUUUAAUGUAAGCAAUCAGCUGUGAUGCUUAAGGCCAUAUAUCAUCUUAUUAUUAAAUUUGCAAGUUCAUAACUCUUGAGCAGAGAACCAAAGGUGUACUGUAUGUUGGCAGGUGGUUUGGGGCUUUGGCCUUAAGCAGUUCACUGACUGUAGGUGCCUGUGCGGGAGGACGCGUUCACCUGCCCUGAGGCCCCCUGGUGACUGUGUGCUACUUGGCUCCUUCCUUGUGUACGUUUCUCUUAAAAGUGAUACUAUAUCUGUUUGUAUGAGAGACCCAAUAACCAAUAGAAUGACCGCAUAUUCCUAACUAUACAUAGUAAGGAAAAUGCACACUUUGUUUUUACUUUUCGAAGUUUCCUUCUUAAAGUAGGUAAGAUGAAAUUUAUAUAAAAGCAUUUUUAUGACAAAAUAAAAAAAGAUUACAUGUCAA